AUGGGGGAAAGGUUUGGUAGGUUUACAGUAGCUGCCCUUCAGUCCAAAGUAGAACAAAGUGAACGUGAAAUGAACCGUCUAAAAAAGGCACUGGAAAGAAGUGAUAAAUACAUAGAAGAAAUAGAGUGUCAGCUUUUACAGCUGAAAAACGCAGGCGAAGGAACCCAGACAGCGAGCGCUGUUAGUGAGAGAGCACUUUCCGCAGAUGCUGAAGGAGCUGAGAGCAGUGAAGAUACAACAUGUUUGGAAACCCAAGUUGAGGAGAAGAAAGCUUUGACGGCCAGUCAAAGUCCUGACAGUCUUGAGCAGCUGACAAGUGGUGGAACUUCUUUAAGCUCUUCUAGCCAAGAGGGUUCAAAUGGCUCAAAUACCCAGUGUGCCACAAAGAAAGAACUAUUUCCAGGAUGUCAAGGGGUUCUUCUGGAUGAAAACAGUACAAAUAUGGAUGCCUGUUCAGAAGAGCAGUGGAACAAAAUUGAGGAAUGUACCCCAUAUAAGGAUGAAGAACUUUAUGAUCUCCCAGCACCGUGCACAACUUUUCUGUCUCUCAGUCGCCUUCAGUUGAACACUCCUGAUGGAAAAGAAAAUGCAAGGAAGCCAUCAACGUUCCUGAGAAAACUGAAAUUUGAAGAGUUUUGCGACGCUUCAGGUGACUGCAGCAAAGGUUCUCCAGAGCACAGCACAAGCAGCUGUAAUGGUGAAAAGAAGCUAAACUGUUUUACUACAGGAAAAUCGGGUUUUUGGGGGACCUGCCCAACAAAUUUUGCUGAGAACUUAGAUUUUGAUGAAUCGGAGCAAAAUUCAGUAGCUGGUCGGUCAGAAGAGACAUCAGCAAAGUCCAGUGAUAAAACAGGUUCUUGCUUACCUAAAAGGUUACACACUCUCUGCUCUUCUGAAAUGAAUCGCACAAGAACCUCCAGUGAGGCAUCCAUGGAUGCUGCCUACCUCGACAAAAUUUCUGAGUUGGACUCAAUGAUGUCCGAAUCAGACAACAGCAAGAGUCCAUGCUAUAAUUUCAAGUCCUCUGAUCUUGAUAGUUCUGCAAAGUCAAUAGAGUGCUCUAAGCUUCUGAACGAAACUGAGAAGAAACUGGAAGAGAUGAAUGAGGAGCAGAGUAUGAAGUGCCCAGAGACGAGUGAUCCAGCAGUUGACAGAUCUGGCUGGAAGCCUGCGAUGUUUUCCAUCCUCUCCCCAUCUGAGCUAGAUAUGAACGACCACUUUCCACUCUUUACGGGCCAAAAUGUAGUGGCUAGUGAUACCAAACCUCCAAACUGUUUAUUUCAGAGAGACUUUUCCCAGAGUUUACUGUUCAGUAACUCACAAAGGGGGUUUGAGGAACAAAAGUUCGGUUCCUGCUUUUUAAAGAUGUCAUCUGACCUGCACAAUCAGCUUAAUCCUCCUUGGGUGUCUUCCUUUAUAGCUGAAAGGAAAAACAAAAAUGUCAGUCAGUCGACCAAGAGGAAAAUUCAGAGCAGCCUGUCCAGUGCCAGUCCGUCAAAAACCACCAAAAACUGACUCUGCUUGGAAAUCGAACGUGACUCAAGGUCAUCAACCUGUAAAUGUUUAAUAUUUACAGGUGAACUUAAUUUUUAAUGACUUUCAUGCAGUCUGAUCCUGCCUUUUUCGACUAUGUGAAAACUGAACAUUCCCUUGCCCAUUACGAGCUCUUUCCUAGGGCAGAACCAUUUUAAGAUUCUUUUCUUUGGCUGGAGAUUUUG